CCAAACGCUACAAAGUCACUGAAUUUCACACUGAAAGCUCUCCAGAAAGCGCAAGGACUUCAGUUUCAAUCUAACUUUCCCCUUUCGUUGCUCCCAGCCACAUACGAUAGGGGCUUAGGGUCGUAUUAGCUCAUCACGACGCAGGACAUCGCCAUGACUGGCGCUAAGGAUGUCGUCACGCUGGUUCCGGGCGCGACGCAUGCUGGUGCAGGAGAGGCCCCUUUCGUUAGAACUAGCUUCCAAAACGAUAUGCGCACGAGCUUUGGCCGCUCCUCCGCCACCGACGGCCCCAUGAAGGUGGAUGCGGCGGUGCCGCCUGCGCUUGCAGCCGCGGUGCAGCCAAUUGAUCGCGGCCCCGCAGCUGCCGCCAGCUCGCUGGGCCCCGCCGCCUCGCAGGAGCUGUCCCGCGCCAUGCUGUCCAGCUGGCAGUACCGCGUGUCCGGCAAGGCGGCGGUGGCGGAGCUGCUGCAGGAGUGCGCCGCCGAGCACAUUGCCUGCGGCGGGCCUCGCGGCGUGGAGGAGGUGGCGGUGCGCCACAUCCGGCGCCACGACAUUGACUCGGAUUCCAUCUACGUCGUAGACCUGGCAUCGCCCUUCCGCCUGUUCAAGGCCUGGCGCGCCGCCAUGCCGCGUGUGCUGCCCUACUACGCUGUCAAGUGCUACCCCGAGCCCGCUAUCCUCAAGCUGCUCAUGGCGCUGGGCGCCGGCUUCGACUGCGCCAGCAAGGGCGAGCUGGACAUGAUGCUCAAGCUGGGGGUGUCGCCCGGCCGCAUCAUCUUCGCGCACCCCUGCAAGCGCGGCGCCGACUUCCGCUACGCGCGCGAGCACGGCAUCACUUACACCACCUUUGACAGCAGCUCCGAGCUGCACAAGAUUGCGGAGAUGGACCCGGAGUUCAAGUGCGUGCUGCGCAUCCGCGCGGACGACCCCGGGGCGCGUGUGCCGCUGGGCCUCAAGUACGGCGCUGAGGUGGAGGAGGCGGCGGGGCUGCUGGCGGAGGCCAAGCAGCUGGGGCUGGAGGUGGUGGGCGUGUCGUUCCACGUGGGCAGCGCCGCCAAGAACCUGGCCACCUUCACAAACGCCAUCGCCAACGCGCGCAAGGUGUUUGACGACGCCGCCGGCAUGGGCUUCAAGAUGGAGCUGCUGGACAUUGGCGGCGGCUUCACCGGCCACUUCGACGAGUGCGGCAACGUCAUGUUUGGCGAGAUCGCCAACACCAUCAACGCCGCACUCGCCACCUACUUCCCGCCGGGCGGCGAUCUGGGCGACGUGCGCGUCAUCGCCGAGCCGGGCCGCUACUUCGCCGAGACCAGCAGCACCCUCAUGACGGUGGUGAUCGGGCAGCGCGACCGGCCGCAGAAGGACGGCUCCACGCACAAAGACUACUGGCUCACGGACGGACUGUACGGCAGCUUCAACUGCAUCGUGUACGACGGCCAGAACCCGGAGUGGCGCAUCGUGCGGUCGCCCAUCCUGCCCGACCCCGCCGACGCCAAGACCACCUACGUGUCCACGUUGUGGGGCCCCACCUGCGACUCCGCCGACGUGGUGUACAAGGACGUGGCGCUGCCGGAGCUGCGCAACGGCGACUGGCUGCUGUGGCCCAACGCCGGCGCCUACACGGUGGCGGGCGCAUGCGACUUCAACGGCAUCGAGUUCACCACACCCAUGAAGGUGUAUGUGUGGAGCGACAUCGCGGUGGACGUCGAGGUGCCGGAGGCGGACAGCAAGGCCGAGCAGGCCGCGGAGGGGGCCCAGUAGUAGGUGCGCGGCGCGUGAGCGAGUACUUGCUUUUGUAUGUGUGGGUGCGAGGGGGUGAACAAACAGAGGUAUUAUUUGCUAUCGCUAUUCAGGCGGGCGCCAAGUAUUUGCAUCACAGGUUCCGCCCUGCGUUAGACCCGACCAGGAUGGUGGCCGUGCACGUUCCGAGCGGUGCCUGUGCUCCUUACUCCUUAGAGCGCCAUGCCGCCGUGGUGCGAAAUGAAGGAAGCACGCGCGAGUAUACAUAUGCGGCCAUGGUCCGCCCAGCCCUGCGUGCGUGCUAACGGCACGGCCGUGGUCAGGGAAGGUCUCGGUCUUCUGUUUCAUGCUUUGGUGAUGGACUUCGUCGGAUGCGGAGAUGAUUAGGCGUUCACUAGUAGGCAAUGCAUGGGCGUGCAGUAUUCUUUGUGAGGCGGGUGCGAGGCGCGUGUUAGAUCAAUCCUCGUGUGGAUGGCGGCGUGGGGGUACGGUCAGUCCCGCCCCUGCCAGGGGUUGAGGCAGGUUGAGGAGCCUUGGGAAAGAGGCACGGUGUAGGUGCGAAACGAGGAGGGGUCGGUGGCGGGGAGAGAGGUGUGCGGCAGGAGGUACCCUAGUGAAGUUGUUGCAGGGGCGCCGCAGGGGCCAGUCGCGCUUGUGAGCCGGCAACUGUGCUGCUGCGGUGUCACGGUGGCAUCGGGCUGCGGGGGUCGGCCCUGGGGUGAUGCGGGGCAAAGCUGGUGCAAGCGUGGCAAGCAGCAGCAGCGUGGCUGGGAUGGAGCUCCCCUGGGCUGCGUAGAUCUCGCAGAUGUUACAUCGAGGAGA